UCGUGGCCGAGCACAUAGGCCAAUGCGUCGGUGCUUUUGAGUACAGUUCUGCACUGGGAAGUGAAUGCAAUUGGCUGAGGGAUCUGAAGAGCCGGAUAGUGCGAUCCUUGUGAAGAACCCAGCUGUAAAUAGGGAAAAAAGGGUAAUUGCUGCGAGAGUUGGGGUUUUAGCGAUGGUUUUGCUGCGGGUUUCCUAGGGUUUAAGGUGAGGAGAUGCCAUCGGAGGAGAAGGUGGUCGCUAGAGGGAGGGGAAGAAAGAAGCAACCGACCUUAGAAUGCUUAGCAACAACCUUGAAGAAGAAACGUGGUAGGAAGCCACGUUCUUCGUCGCCGCCGCCACCUAAUCCAUGCCCGUUAUCAUUCUUUAAAGUAUUGAUUGGUGAUUUCCAUGAAGUUUUGUUUAUUCCACCCAUGGCGGCUUGCAUCUUGAAAGGAUUGGCUAAAAAUUAUGUAUUUAUUAAAGAUAUUGAUGGAAAGAUUUGGACUGUGAAGAUCUCAAUUGUGGACGGUUCAUUGGCUUUUCAAAAUGGUUGGCAUGAUUUUGUCUCAGACCAUUCUAUAACAGUGGGGGAGUUUGUUCUAUUUACUUACACUGGUGGAUUACUAUUUACUGCACGAAUAUUUGGGACUAGUUCCUUGGAGAGAGUAAACUUUCAAAUGAAAAGAAGAAAGGGAAAAUGUGCAAAAGAAAGAUGUGCUUCUGAUUUAAAACUUGUUAAUAUUACAAUUCCUGAAAGGCAAAAAAAAGUAUCACAAUCAUCAGAAGAGAAACAUAGCCCAUCCGGCACUGAAGCACUGAAGUUCUGA